AUAUCACAAGUGGGUUGAAGGCUUUGAACAAAGAGCUGUGCUUAUUUUUUUUUUUUAAGAAGGUGGUUGGUUGUGCAGCACAAAAAUAUAUUUCCUUCAUGGGUUCUAAAAGUCUGAAUUGUAAAUAAAUGUUGUGUAUUAAGUAUAUCAACUUGUCAAAAAAGUAGCUAUUUGAUAAAUUUGAGGGAAUAUUUAUUACCUGUUUUAUGCACAGCAGAUAUCCUGAUUAUAUUUAAAAUUGCUUUUUCUCUGCCCAUCCAGACCAAUACAAAUUUUGAGUAGGUGACCACAUUCUGUAUUGUGGUACAAACAGUCUUGUUAUGGAUGUUUUUGUAUUCAGCCUAUUUCAAUACACAAGCUUGCAUUACAAGUUGUUACAAACGGUUGUGCUGUAUUCUGCCCUGAAACUACCUCUUGCAUUAGAAUCAGACAUUUGUUCUUGUCAUUGAAAUUGGUUUUUUGGAUAUCAGAGUUCUAGAUCAUUAGGGCAAUUCCCAGAAGAUCAUCUGAGUUCUUAAGCAAAAGUAAUUUGCGUGUGGUAGGGAAGUACCAAUCAUCCUGCAUACCAGAACAGAUGUAUUCCUUAAAGCAAAAGCUCUCAACCUGUGGACCACAAGUUAUGCUACUAAAUGAGAAAGGAGUCUAUUCCCAUAUUGCUGAAAGAGGGGUGAGCCGCAGAUACAUCUCAACCCUCUUUCCCACAACAGACCAUAAAGAGAUGUGACGUAGAAAAGGUUGAGAAUCCCUACCUUAAAGAUAUUGCAAGUGAAUCUUUUAAGGCUAGAGUCUACCAGGUGGGCAAGCCUGCCUCCUCCAGCCUCCCUGCUGACAAAUGGUGGUGGAUUAUAGAUGAGGACAUGCUGACCCUUUCGACCUUGCUAAGACUGCGGGGAGGGGCCUCCUGCUACUUGAGGGAAGCUUUGGGUCAUUUAAAGGACAAGGUCAUAAGCCAGGAAUUUGACAUGCCUGAUGGAGGUGAAAAAGGAUGAAAAACAAGCUGCUGUCCUGCACAAAGGUGAAGAAGAUGAAUGUUUAGUAGAACUUCAUUACAUUGGAACCAUGUUCUAAGUAAUUCUUCUAGACAUCUUUCAUAAAUAUUUUAUAUAUCUACAGAGACUGAUAUGACUGAAAAUUUGGUUCAUAAGCAAUAUAUGCUGGAAGAAGCCUGCAUGGAACAUAACAUUUGGUUUAGUUCAGAUUAUGUGAAAAAACUAUAGACUUCUACCUAUUAUUAUUUAUUAACCUUGCAUCUCAAUUUGGCCACACCAAACUAGUCUUUAAAGUGAAUAGAAGCAGAGCCUUUGUGGAUAUUUUUAUUGAACAUGACUCAUGGAGAAGAGCUUGGCUCUGAGAUGCACCAGGAUUCUGUUGUUCUAACUUACCUAGAGGGAUUACUAAUGCAUCAGGCAGCGGGAGGCUCAGGUACUGCACUUGACAAAAAGCCUACUGGGCAUAGUGGAGAGGAUCAAAACUUUAAGAUUUCUGGAAAUAUAUUUCCCAACUGUCAAAGUAAUGGUCCAGUUCUUAACACACAUGCAUAUCAGGGAUCUGGCAUGUUGCAUCUCAAAAAAGCAAGACUAUUACAGUCUUCUGAAGACUGGAAUGCAGCAAAGAGAAGGCGGUUGUCUGAUUCCAUUGUGGAUUUGAAUGGAAAAAAAGAAGCUUUGUUAGCUGGCAUGGUUGAAAAUGUGCCUAAAGGCAAACAGGAUAGCACACUACUAGCCUCUUUGCUUCAGUCAUUCAGCUCUAGGCUGCAGAGUGUUGCUCUGUCACAACAGAUUAGGCAGAGCCUCAAGGAGCAAGGGUAUUCCCUCAGCCAUGAUUCUUUACAAGUGGAGAAAGAUGUAAGGUGCUAUGGUGUUGCAACUAGUCGCUUGAAGACUCUGCUGAAGAAAAGAAAAGCAAAAGAUCAAAAGCUGGACACCACUCUGCCUGAUGUAACAACAAACCUGCCUAAAGAGAGGUUUAUAGAAUCUCCACAUACAGGGCAGAAGGGAUCCAAGGUGAUGAAUGAGCCUCUGUCUUGUGCUGCAAGAUUACAAGCAGUUGCAAGCAUGGUAGAGAAAAGAUCUAGUCCUACUGCUUCUCCUAAACCCAGCGUAGCUUGUAGUCAGCUAGCUUUACUUCUUUCAAGUGAAGCUCAUUUGCAGCAGUAUUCCAGGGAACAUGCUUUAAAAGCACAAAAUGCAAAUCAGGUAGCAAGCGAGAGACUUGCUGCUAUGGCCAGAUUACAAGAAAGUGCCCAGAAAGACCUUGGCCAUUUCAGUCUGUCAAAAGGAAUGCCAAGCCAUUUCAAUGGUCAAAUGAGAUCAUCAGCCAAAACAAUAACUAGCAAGAGCAAUAUGGCACCAUUUCAGAGCCCCAUUGGAAUUGAUCAUUCUCCUCCCAAAAAUGUAGGAUACAAAAAUACGUUGGAAAGAAACCAUUUAAAACCAUCUCCCAGCAACAGUUUGCUGUUACAUCUUCUUAAAAGUCAGAAUGCAACUAAACAAACAAAAGGGCAUGAGCAGAAUGAGAGAGUGGGUAUUUUUGAGGACAGUAGCACACCAACAACUGUGGAUGAGUAUUCAGACAACAAUCCUAGUUUUACAGAAGAUGAUAGCAGUGACGAUGAAAGUUCCCAUUCUAACUGUCUUCCUAUAGAUUUAUCUUUCAAACAAAGGACAGACAAACAAGAUUCUGGACAGCCUGCUUCUCUAGAUAAUCUGAGUCGGCCAAUGUUUCAUAAUUGGGAUCCAAAAAUUCCAUGUCUAGAGAACAGUUUGGAGAAUAAAGAAGAUAAAGACACUCCUAAAGGUUCUAAACUGAAUCCACAUCAGAAAGUAACACUGCUUCAGUUAUUACUUGGGCAUAAGAGUGAAGAUAAAGACAAAAAUACAGACCUUCAGGGACCACACAGUACAGCUGAUGUGGCAACAUUUACUGUACAAACUGGUAAGAGGACUCCUGUGACAGACAGUUCCAGUGCAAAUCGAAGAACUCCAUUAAGCACUCCACCUUUGCUUAUUUCUACAAAAACAGACUCUCCUAUAAAUCUGUCCCAGCAAUCUUCUCUAGCAGUCAAACAUAAUUCACCACCAUAUGCUUGCAGCGUCCAGCCAGAGAGGUUAAUGAAUCCAGCAUCUAAACAUUUGAUAGAUCUUACAAAAAAUAAAGAACUUCAAGGAACUAAAAUGAACAGAAAUGAAAGUGCACAAAAUUCUGCAGCUUUCAGUGCCAGCAAGCUGUUGCAAAACUUAGCUCAGUGUGGAAUGCAGACUUCCGUGUCAGGUGAAGAGCAAAGAAUGAGCAAACAGCUGCUAACAGUAAAUACAGAUAAACCUGUAGGGUUGAUUGAUAGAUUGAAUAGUCCUUUACUCACAAAUGUAUCAGGUAAAUUUGAAGAAAACAACAAAGUAUUCAGUUGUCAUCCUACACCCACUGAACAAGGACUUCCUAGUUCAGAAAUAGAAAAUCUCCUUGAAAGACGCACUGUCCUUCAGUUACUUCUGGGAACCCCCAAUAAAGGUAAAAGUGAAAAGAAAGAGAGGAUGCUUUUAAAAGAUGAAAGCUCACAAGAACAGGUGGAUAAGGCUUUGAGUGAGCAAAUAUUGACUGUGAAAAUAAAAACUGAACCUUGUGAAGAAUCAAAUGUUCCUCAUAAUCCAAAUGCACAGCCAAUAAGGGAGAGUAAGGGUAACACAUUUCAAGGAAUAGCUCAUUCAGUGCAGAGAAACACAGGUGCCUCUCCGGCAUCUGAGGACUUGAAACCUGAGCCUCUUUCACAUGAAGAUUUUUCUUUUUCAAAAAAUGGCUUGUUAAGUCGAUUGCUGAGACAGAAUCAAGAUAGUUACCCCAUUGAUGAUCUGGACAGAAGUCACAGAAAUAGUGAACUGACACUUCUAGACUCAAAGAGCCUUUGCACCAUUCCUAAGAAGAGGAAAUUUCAUACUGAGCCUUCAGAAAGUCCAUUAAAAAAGGUAAAAAGUAAUGUGUCUGAUGCUUCAAACAAUCACAUGUCUCCUGCAGAGACAUUGUAUCGGCCUUUGCUUAACCAGCAAGAGCUGAAAUUCAACAGAAGCGAUCUUGAAUUUAAAUAUACCGCAGGUCAUGGUUCGAAUAAUGAAAGUGAAAAUAGGAGUUGGUCUAGAAAUAGUAAAGGCUUUAAUGUGUUGAAACAACUGCUUCUCUCAGAAAACUCUGAGAGAGAUUUUUCACAGCAUAGGAAUAAUGCAGUAACAGAGGGCAAGAAGAAAGGAAACAAAAAUAAUGUAGCAAAUAAUAAACCAGAAUUUAGCGUUUCUUCAAUAAAUGCAUUAAUGGGAAAUCCUGUGCAACCAAACAGUUGUGUAGAUCACAGGACAUUUCAGUAUCCAGUAGCAGUGAAGAGUCCUGCUAGUUCCCCCUUCUCUGAACAUUUGGGAUGUACAGUAUCUAGACCUGAAUCUGACCAAUUUAGUGUUUGCCCCAUACCCAGUGAAAAAGGCCCCAUCAGAUGGGUUAUCACAGGAAUGGACAAGGGUGAAUAUGAAAAAGACUCCCCAAGACUAACCAAAACCAAUCCAAUAUUGUAUUACAUGUUACAGAAAGGAGGCAAUUCUGUUAAUAGCCAAGAAGCACAUGAUAAGAACAUUUGGAGUGAACCUUCAGUUACAGAAAAUUCAACUCCUGUUACAAUAAAGGAGGAGUUAUUACCUGAUACAGAACCUAAAAUUCCUUUUCAUAAUUUAAGAAGCCCUUACAAUAGCCAUAUGGGGAAUAAGAGCUCCCAUCAACACAAUGUGAAUGGAGAAGUGUAUGGACUCUUGGAAAAAGUGCUAACAAUCAAAAAAGAACCCGAGUGAAAUAUACAGCCAACACAAUGAGUUUACAGUCAGUGGGUUUUAAUCUGUGUUAAUAAAAUUAAAAAAAAGAAAGUAUGAACUGGAAUACUGUAUAAAUUGAGCAUGAUUUGAGAAAAGCAUGGUCUUAUUGAAUCAUAUUUUCAUUUGAGAAACUUUUGUUUUUCUGGUGAUAUUUAAAAAUGUGUAGAUAUGUUUGCUUUACCUUAGAUAGUCACAAGGAAAUUGUGAGAGUUGUAAGCUGUACAAGACACAAUUCUGUAUGCAUCAAAGUAAGUUACGAAUAGUCUGUGACUGAAGUCUUAUUUGGAACAACAGGUAUUUAGGUAUAAAAUAAAGUAAGCAUACAGCCAAGGUGGUGGUAAUGCAUUCUGCUGCAUUUCAUUCUUUCCACGUAGUGUAUUCCCUUUUUUUGGCGGUUUAAGCAUAGAGAUAGUGUAACCUUUGAUAUGUGUUUAAUACGUUUUGUGAAACUUUAAGAAUUUUUUUAAGAAAUGAAACAGUCCAUCCAGGGUAGUAGUAGAGUAGAUUUAGUAAUCUGUCAGUGUUUAAUUAAUCAAAUGCACUGAAAUGGAAUUUUUAGUGCUUCCAAAUGUUUUUUAUUAUUUAAUUAUUUUUGUGAUUAUCCCUGAAUCAUGGUGUGAUGAGUUCUCCCCCCACUUGCUUUUGACUAGAACAUUCUGCAGAACCCUGAGUAGUAUUCAUAUAAAAUAGGAGUUAUGAUUAAAGAUUGUUUUCUAGGUUUUCCUAGUGUUUUAUAUAAAAAGCAGAUUUUCAUCUACACUGUUUAAAAAAAAAAAAAAAAGUCCACUUUUACUUGUUGCUUCCCCUGUCUUAAGCCAAUUCAACAGUCAGUAUUAAGUUGACCCACCUAUGUGUCUCAGGGGUGUGACAAUUCCACACUCCUUUGAGCAACAUAGUUAAGAUGACCUAACCUCCAGUGUAGACAGGGCUAAGUCAGAGGAAGAAUUCUUCCAUCAAUUUAGCUACCACCUCUCACUGAUGGGAGAACUACACUGAUGGGAGAACCCCUCCCAUCAGUGUAGGAAAUGUCUACAAUGCAGUUGUGCCACUAGGAGUUUAAAUGCAGACAUAUAAAGGGAAUGUAAAAAAGGCAUCUUAUAAUUUUGGAAUAAAUAGACCUGUCCUCUGUGGCCAGAAAACUGCCAUUGAUACCAGUUUGUGAAACACAUAAGCAAAAUGUUUUUUCAGCACCAUGUUGCUUCCUGUUAAAAGAACAGUUAUGGUAUUUAUAUAAAUACAUAUUCUAUAUUUCAGUGGAAAUUGAGAGAGAUUGGUGGAAAACAUGGUGGGUCUUCCUGUAACUGCAUAUUCUGCAAAUAUUUAUUACUCUGUGAGCAGCUGAUCUGUGGUUAAUACACUGGCCUUUCAUCCCUGAAAACCUAGAUUCAGAACAACUUGUUAGGUGUCACUGUGUGUGAAAAUAAAAUUGGUGGUUUUGUUCUAUUCCAUAGUGGACAUCAUCUCAGAAAUGGCCUGUCUCCUCUGUUCCCCUGCCUCCACCCAACAUUUUGUAACGUUGGCAGCAUUUUUUCAAAAUCAGUCUUGGACUGGAGUAAUGGACAAUUGUAGGUCAAAGCUGAGAUGCAUUGAAAGUGUU